AUUGCUCAUUGUGGAGUACUCCAACAAUCACACAGAACGCAGACCAGCCUAAGCUGACAGCUUGAUAUGCCUUCUUCUGCUGCCUGGUUUUGGGGGCUGUAUGACGUACUGGUCGGUAGUAAAGAUUAAUAUGUCAGAAAUGUGGAGCUAGGAUCAAGUCAUACUCCACAGCCUGCCUGGCAAACUAUGUUUUACUUCUGACUUUGCUCUCUCGCUGAGAACAUUAAUCUGUCAAGCUGGCGGGCUCCUUUGAUAGCAACUUUCCAAGGAGCAUGAUGUGGCAAUGCCACCUCUCAGCCCAGGACUAUCGCUAUUACCCUGUGGACGGCUACUCCCUGCUUAAACGCUUCCCUCUUCAUCCUCUUACAGGACCCAGAUGCCCUGUCCAAACAGUGGGACAAUGGUUGGAAAGCAUUGGGCUACCUCAGUACGAGAACCACCUGAUGGCUAAUGGAUUUGACAAUGUGCAGUUUAUGGGAAGCAAUGUUAUGGAAGAUCAGGAUUUGUUAGAAAUCGGAAUCCUUAAUUCUGGGCACAGACAAAGAAUUCUACAGGCAAUCCAGCUCCUUCCAAAGAUGAGACCCAUUGGUCAUGAUGGCUACCACCCCACCUCUGUGGCUGAGUGGCUGGAUUCCAUUGAACUGGGCGACUACACCAAAGCCUUUCUAAUUAAUGGCUACACAUCGAUGGACUUGUUGAAAAAAAUCUGGGAGGUUGAACUUAUUAAUGUUUUAAAAAUCAAUUUGAUUGGCCACAGGAAACGUAUUUUGGCAUCUCUGGGAGACCGGCUACACGACGACCCUCCACAGAAGCCCCCACGGUCCAUCACCCUCAGGGAACCCAGUGGUAAUCACACUCCUCCUCAGUUGUCUCCAUCACUUAGCCAAAGCACUUACACCACUGGUGGCUCCCUAGACGUUCCUCACAUUAUCAUGCAGGGUGAUGCAAGGAGGAGAAGAAAUGAAAACUACUUUGAUGAUAUUCCCCGAUCAAAACUGGAGAGGCAGAUGGCCCAGUCGUCUGUCUGUGAAAUAUGGACGAAUCAGAACGCUGGAUUUCCUUUCUCAGCGAUCCAUCAGGUUCAUAAUACAGGAGACUGGGGAGAACCUUCCAUUACGUUGCGACCUCCGAAUGAAGCCACAGCCUCGACUCCAGUACAGUACUGGCAGCACCACCCAGAAAAGCUCAUCUUCCAAUCAUGUGACUACAAAGCUUUUUAUUUAGGUUCUAUGCUGAUAAAAGAGCUCAGGGGGACAGAAUCAACCCAGGAUGCUUGUGCAAAAAUGCGGGCUAACUGUCAGAAGUCUACAGAGCAAAUGAAGAAGGUCCCUACUAUUAUUCUUUCUGUCUCUUAUAAAGGAGUCAAAUUUAUUGAUGCAACAAAUAAGAACAUAAUUGCUGAGCAUGAAAUUCGUAACAUCUCCUGUGCUGCCCAGGACCCAGAAGAUCUCUCAACAUUUGCUUAUAUCACAAAAGAUUUGAAGUCCAAUCACCACUACUGUCAUGUGUUUACUGCCUUCGAUGUGAAUUUAGCCUACGAAAUCAUCCUAACCCUGGGACAGGCAUUUGAAGUCGCUUACCAGCUAGCACUACAAGCAAGAAAAGGGGGACAUUCCUCCACGCUUCCAGAAAGCUUUGAAAACAAACCCUCAAAACCCAUCCCCAAGCCCCGCGUUAGCAUUCGCAAGUCGGUGCAGAUCGACCCAUCUGAGCAAAAGACUCUGGCCAAUCUGCCGUGGAUUGUGGAGCCGGGCCAAGAAGCCAAAAGGGGAAUUAAUACCAAGUAUGAAACCACAAUUUUCUGAUACUCGCCGUCCUCCUGUCCUUGCGGUGCCUUGCACGCCAAGCAGUCCCGGAGCA